UGAGCACAAUGUGUCGCAAACCGCUCAGCAAGAUGGCGGCGGAGCGACGAGCGGAUCCGAUCUUCACACUUUUAUUGAACUUUAAGUUUUUGAUCAACUUUAUCGAUUAUAAUGACUUCCUGUGUGGAGCAGCUCGCGCUGGCGGCGCUGACUGAGAUCUGUGAGAAACUCAAAGUGAAACCGGAUGUUCAGACCGAGGAGGAGCUGCGUGUGCUGAUGAGGAGGCUCUGUGAGGAUCUCCUGCAGGAGCUGAGGAGGCAGCAUGAGGACAACGUGGCUGUGGAGCCUCAGCGGGACUCCGCCCCCCCUGCAGGAGAGGGAGGUGCUCAGGAGGCAAACCACCAAUCAGAUGCUCCUGGGGAUGAAACUGGCCAAUCGGAGCCUCCGGUGUACAGCUGGCGCGUCCACAGCGGCGAGCGGCCGUUCGCCUGCAGCGUCUGCGGCAAAGCUUUCUCCUCCCGCAGCAGCGCCCGAGUCCACCAGCUCACCGUGCACAGCCGGCGCCGGCCUCACACGUGCUGUCACUGCGGGAAGGUGUUCGGCACCCGCUGCCACCUCAGGACGCACCAGGCGUCCAACCGGCAGCCGACAUGUUCGGCCUGCGGCGAGACGCUAGCGGCAAGCUGCUGCCUCCGAGAUCACAGACGCACCUGCCAGAAAAGGGAAGAGAGGUUCAGGUGCGGCGAGUGCGGGAGGGAGUUCUCCAAACGCAGCUACCUGUCCGCCCACCAGAGAGUCCACCUGCAGGACAAACCCUUCCAAUGUCCCACCUGUGAGAAAGGGUUCACCACGCGCCGCAGUGUCCGCGUCCACCAGCUGACCGUCCACAGGGGACUGAGGCCGUUCACCUGCAGCGUCUGCAGGAAGUCCUUCAGCCAGCAGAGCGGCCUCAGAGCUCACCUGAGGACGCACACUGGCGAGCGGCCGCACGCCUGCGAGCAGUGCGGGAAGCGUUUCUCCAGCAGGAGCGGCCUGUCGGUGCACCGCCGCGUCCACUCCGGAGAGAAAGCCUUCAGCUGUGACACCUGCGGGAAGAGCUUCAGCGUGUCAGCCAACCUGCGCCGCCACCGCCUCGUCCACUUGGGCCAUCGCCCGUUCAGCUGCGACGUGUGCAGCCGCGGGUUCACGCAGGCCGCGCACCUGAAGGCGCACAGCGCUGUGCACAGUGGCGAGUGGGCGUUCAUCUGCAACGCCUGCGGGAAGGGCUUCAGACAGCGUGGCGCUCUGCUGGCGCACGAGCGGAGCCACAGUGGGGUCAAACCGUACAGCUGCAGCGAGUGCGGGAAAAACUUCUCCUCGUCUGCAUCGCUCAAACGCCACCUGCUGACCCACAGCGGGCAGAAAGCUCACACCUGCGAAGAGUGUGGGAAGAGCUUCGCCGGCGCCCAGAUCCUGAAGACUCACAUGCAGCUGCACACCGGAACCAAGGCGUUCUCCUGCGAUGUGUGCGGGCGUGGCUACAGCUCGCCAAGCUACCUGAAGACGCACCGGCGCAGCCACUCCGAGGGGAAGCCGUUCGGCUGCGCUCAGUGUCAGAAGAGGUUCUCCACGCAGGCGAGCGUGAAGCUGCACGAGCGCACGCACAGCGGCGAGAAGCCAUACGUGUGCGAGGUCUGCGGGAAGAGCUUCAGCGUGUCGCAAAACCUCGUCAGACACAAACGCGUCCACAGCGGCGAGAAGCCGUUUGAGUGCGCCGUCUGCGGGAAGAGCUUCAGCCAGAAGAACAACCUGAAGACUCACCAGCUGGUUCACACGGGACACAAAGCGUUCAGUUGCUCCGCCUGCGGGCGCCGCUUCUCCUCCGCCAGGAGCCGCAGGGAGCACAGGUGUGUCAGCUGACAGGAAACAGGAAGUUCAUUUGGUUCAAACUGACUUUAUUUUAACUGCUGUCGGUCUCUCUCUCUCUCUCUCUGUCGUUUGUUAAACGCAUACACUUAUUUGUUUGUUUGUCUGUUUGUUUGUUUUAUUUGGCUCUCAGUGUAAAGUUCCUUCAACAGUCAAUAAAUCAAUAAACGUCGGUAAUUUAUCAUAAACAAUAAAAACGUUUGUUGUUCCAACUGAA